AAUUCAAUUCAAACACUCAAAAAUUAUAUAUCAUAUACAGUUGAAGUUCCCAACUCUCUCUCUCUCUCUCUCGACUCCCAAUCCAAACCCUCUUUCCAGGCAGAGGCAGUAGUGAAAAAGCCUUCAAACAACAAACAUGUCUUUCUUCUUCGGCCUCGUCAUCGGAAUCACUGUUGGAUUCGCUCUCAUCGUUGCCUUUGUUCGCUGUGAAAAUGCUCGAUCCAUGCGUCGCUCUCAACUUGCCACUACGAUAGCUGCCUUUGCCAGGAUGACAUUGGAAGAUUCCAGGAAGAUUCUCACUCCUGACUACUACCCUUCCUGGGUCGUCUUCUCCCACCGUCAAAAGUUGACAUGGCUUAACCUUCAGCUAACAAAGAUCUGGCCAUAUGUUAAUGAGGCAGCAUCUGAGCUUCUAAAGACUAAUAUUGAGCCAAUUCUCGAACAGUACAGACCGUCCAUUUUGUCUUCUUUGAAAUUUUCCGAGUUCACUCUUGGCACCGUUGCACCGCAGUUUACAGGUGUUUCCAUUAUCGAAGACAGAGACAGUGGUGGUGGUAUUACAAUGGAGCUGGAGAUGAAUUGGGAUGGAAAUCCAAAUAUAGUACUUGAUAUUAAGACUAGAUUUGGCAUGGCACUACCUGCCCAGGUGAAGGAUAUCGGAUUCACUGGGGUUUUUAGAUUGAUCUUUAAGCCGCUAGUCGAUGAGUUCCCUUGCUUUGGAGCUAUAUGUUAUUCAUUAAGAGAAAAGAAAAAGAUGGAUUUCACUCUUAAAGUUAUUGGUGGCGAGAUUACAUCAAUUCCUGGUCUUUCUAAUGCUAUUGAGGGGACUAUACGUGAUGCUAUUGAGGAUUCUAUUACAUGGCCAGUUCGGAAAAUUGUUCCAAUUUUACCUGGGGAUUACAGUGACCUAGAGCUGAAGCCUGUUGGAGUUUUAGAGGUGAAACUUGUGCAAGCAAAAGAGUUGACAAAUAAGGAUUUCAUUGGGAAGUCUGAUCCUUUUGCUGUGUUAUACAUACGCCCGCUGCGUGAUAGAAUGAAAACUAGCAAAACAAUCAACAAUCAGUUGAAUCCGGUGUGGAAUGAACACUUUGAAUUUAUAGUUGAAGAUGCAUCCACACAGAACUUGGUGGUAAAAGUUUAUGAUGAUGAAGGGCUUCAGACAGAAGAACUCAUUGGAUGUGCUCAAAUACGGCUAAAUGAUCUUGAGCCUGGUAAAAUAAAGGACGUGUGGUUGAAAUUAGUUAAGGAUUUGGAGGUCCAAAGAGAUAACAAAAACAGGGGUCAGGUGCACUUGGAGCUAUUGUACUAUCCUUUUGGCAUGAAGAAUGGGUUUACUAACCCUUUUGCAUCAAACUUUUCAAUGACCUCAUUGGAAAAGGUUCUUAAAAGUGGUGUGGAAGGAAAGGAAGCUUCUGAAAAUGGAAUAGAUGUAAAACACAAAAGAAGGGAAGUUAUUGUAAGAGGAGUACUUUCUGUUACUGUGAUAUCUGCAGAAGACUUGCCACCAGCAGAUCUAAUGGGGAAGGCUGACCCCUAUGUAGUUCUCACCAUGAAAAAAACAGAAACAAAAAAGAAAACCUGGGUGGUAAACGAAAAUCUAAAUCCUGUAUGGAAUCAAACUUUUGACUUUGUCGUUGAGGAUGGAUUACAUGAUAUGCUAAUUCUGGAAGUCUGGGACCAUGAUACAUUUGGGAAGGACUAUAUGGGCCGAUGUAUCUUGACAUUGACAAGGGUCAUACUGGAAGGUGAAUUCAAAGACUGCUUCCAAGUAGAGGAGGCUAAAUCUGGAAAACUAAACCUGUAUCUUAAGUGGUCUCCUCAACCAAUUUACCGCGAUUCAUAGCAGUCCUGAAUUGUUUUAGUUUGAUUUCAUUUUCAAAAUCUGUUUUCCCAAAAAAAAAUUUAAAAAAAUUAUAACUAGUUUGGUGAAAAACAAAAUUAAAAACCCAUCAUUUUCAUAUAUUUUUUUUCUUUGUU